CAGCAACUACCUCACAGUUUCAUUCUAUCGACAUCAACACGAAGAAGACGCCCGUCUUCUAUAAGCGAGCUGUCAAGCCUUCCUAAAAGGUCAUCGACAUCAGAAGGAGAAUCUCAUUUUGGCAUCACGCGCGCGGCUCUAAAAGUGUGUUUUGCUCGUUCCUGCGCAUUAAAACAGCGGGUUUGUCCUCUGCCCGGUGAUGCUCUGAAUGACGUCACCCAUAGAUCAGCAGUUUUCUCUGCACCAUGGGAACUGACAGAGGGCUGAGCCGCGGCGAACGCAGUGGAAGGUACGGCUCAGACGGGAGGGGAGAUGAUCCAGAGUGGUCCAGGCAGAAGGAGGGAAGCAGUAUGGACGACAGACCCAGAGAGCUCUGUGAUGAACCCAGAGAAGGAGACAGUCCAGGGAGAAAACGGAAACGCCAAAGCAGUGACCAAUCUGAUGAUGAGUAUGAUGGCGAUUUUCCUGAGCAGGACGGCAAAAUGGAAAUGGAGGAGAGCAAUACAAUCAUGCUGAGGGGUCUCCCCCCCAGCGUGACUGAGGAGGACAUUGGCAAGGCGCUGGAGGAGCUGCAGGGCCCCCAGCCUGUAGACAUCCGCCUGAUGAAGAAAAGGGCAGGUAUAAGCCGAGGUUUCGCCUUCGUGGAGUUUUAUCACUUGCAAGACUCUACCCGAUGGAUGGAGACCAAUCAGAAGAAGCUGCUGAUCCAGGGGAAAAGUGUUGCAGUGCAGUACAGCAACAGAAGACAAAAGUUCGAAAACUGGCUUUGCAAUUCUUGUGGUCUGUACAAUUUUCGCAAGAGGGUGAAGUGUUAUAGGUGCGGAACCUGCAAAACCGGAGAAUCACCUGGUGGAAAUGGUCUGAAUAUAGAAGCCCAGCAAGCAGGAGAAAUUCCCGGAGACACCAUCAUUCUGAGGAACAUCGCCCCUACGUCCACAGUCGAAGGAAUUCUGACUAUCUUGGCGCCCUUUGCUAACCUGUCGACUAGCAAUGUCCGCCUGAUCAAAGACAAACAAACGGGGCAGAAUAGAGGCUUUGCCUUUGUGCAGCUCUCCACUCCCUUGGAAGCUUCUCAGCUGCUCACCAUUCUUCAAAGCCUCCAACCGCCUCUGAAGCUGGAUGGAAAAACUGUUGGCGUGGAUUUUGCCAAGAGCGCUAGGAAAGAUUCGGUUCAGACUGACGUUAUCAGAGCCAACGCUCUGUCUGUGGCCAGCACCGCCAUCGCAGCCGCUCAGUGGUCGUCCAGUCAGUUGCCUCAGAGCUCUCGAGCCAGUGCCAGUCUCCCUGAGGGACAUGCAGAGCAGACACAGAGAACAGCUAAUCCCGUGUGGCCUCAUCCGCCUGUUCCUGUUGCUGGAGAUGGUUUACUAGGAGCGGCUCCAGCAGUCAAGACCAUAAUCCCCGCUGCUGCAGGUGUGAUCGUACCCCAGACUGCUCAUGUGUACCAGCCGGCUCUACAGACCCAUCAGCUUAUGCUGCAACUCCAGGCAUCUCAACAGGCUGCUGGCGUUUGUUCCGCAUCGCCGGUGACUCCAGCAUCCGCCACUGUUGACACAGCAGUCUGUGCUGGACCCACUGUAAACACAGUAGCUGUUCCGGACCCUUCUGCAUACCAGUAUGAUGAGUCAUCAGGUUACUACUACAAUCCACACACCGGCCUGUAUUAUGACUCAUCUAGUCAGUAUUACUACGACUGCGAGACUCAGCAGUACCUGUACUGGGACAGCGAGACGCAGACAUACGCUCCUGCUCCAUCAGAACCUGUCUCAAACGCUGAGUCCAACGCUAACGGCCCAGCUGGUUCCUCCACCACGGCCGCCAAAGAGCCAAAAGAGAAAAAACAGAAGUUCAAGAAUAAGUCUGCACAGCAGAUUGCAAAGGACAUGGAGCGCUGGGCGAAAAGCUUAAAUAAGCAGAAAGAAAAUGUAAGGAACAACAACCAAACCUUUGGAUCCUGUAGGGAGGAGGACAGAAAAGAGUCUUUGGCUGCAGAUGCAGCUUUCUUCCUCUUUGAGAGGAAAGUCAACAAGACUGGAGGUUUUGAGGUUUCUGAUCUCAUCGGAGAACAUGUCCAGAUCCCUGAACUGGACGCUUCAACAAAGGGCGAUGCAGAUCCUGUUCGUGUCGUGGAAAGUGACCAAGAGGAGAGCGGUAUGGAAAGAUUAGAAGGUGAGGAGGAGAAACUGACAGACUGGAAGAAGCUGCUCUGCCUGCUGUGUCGCCGGCAGUUCCCCACCAAAGAGGCUCUGCUGCGUCACCAGCAGCUCUCUGACCUCCACAAGCAAAACCUGGACAUUCAGAAAAGGUCAAAACUGUCAGAAACGGAGCUGGAGGAUUUGGAGAGAAAAGAGGCGGAGCUGAAAUACAGAGACAGAGCUGCAGAAAGAAGGGAGAAAUACGGCGUCACUGAACCUCCUGCACCAAAAAGGAAAUUCUAUCAAGCUUCUGCUCCAGUUGUAAACUACGAACAGCCCACUAAAGAUGGCUUGACGAGCGACAACAUUGGGAGUAAAAUGUUACAGGCAAUGGGCUGGCAGGAAGGCAGGGGUUUGGGGCGCCACCAACAGGGCAUCACGACUCCCAUCGCGGCUUCAUUAAGAGCAAAGGGCACAGGCUUAGGAAGCAAAGGAAGCUCCUAUGAGCUGUCUCCGUCUGACACCUACAAGGAUGCUGUUCGCAAGGCCAUGUUUGCACGCUUCACAGAGAUAGAAUGAACCUAAAAGGUGAAGAAAAUGCAUUCUGAACUGUGAAAAAGUAUUCCCUCUAUGUAAAAAAGAACUUCAGUUGUUUUGUUUUUGGAAUCUCUUUUUUGUUAAUAGCUGCAUAUUUUGUCACAGAGUGUAAUUGUAAAAUGAAGCUUUUUAAAUUAUGUGCGUUUAAUGUUAAAAUUGUCCUCGUUGGUCACCCAUAAGCCCUUUUUUCUGUCUACUUUUCUGAGAAAACAGUGGACUAUUAUAAACUACAAAGUCGUGCACUCUGCCAGUCAACCACAGUAACGGCUACGUAUGUACAGAUCCGCGGGCUUCAGCUGCUCAAUAAAAGCCGUUCUGAUCUUU